UUUUAACUUAUAUAUCCGCUGUCCCCCACGCCGCCCCAUUUAAUGUUUUCCGAUGAGUUGCAGUACAUCUCAGCAUUGUAUACAAUAAGUUCAUUUUUUUUUUUUAAGAAUCCCUAUACUUUCACUUCAAAUGAAUAGCAGAGAUUUUAAGUUUCUCCCUGUCGAAAUGGUAACUAUUUUAUAAGACUGUCACCCGUCAGUAUAGGGCCGAAUGUACAAUAAACAUGGAUUAGAGGAUAAAGAUUAAAGAGAUGAGCAGAAUUAAAAGAAACUUCCGUCCAGGAAGAAUUGCUUUGUCAAUGAAGGGGAGAUAACUAUAAAAAGAAGAAUCAGUCGGUGCUGCUUCUGGCUGAUAAGAAAUUUACAUGAACCAAUUAACUUCAAGUAGAAAAAGUGAUAUUAUCACGGAUGUAACCAAUUAUUAUUAUGAUAACUUACCCAAAUAUGUAAUUUGUAGCCUCGGAGUGUCUUGUCCGUCGUUUGAAAGGAAAGUAUAAAUAGUCAGGAAUCUGUUCUGAAUAGUCGUCACAGUUCUUCGAAAUUGUCUACUAAUGUCGGGUUGCAACUGAUUCAACAAAGAAUUGCCGAAGACAUGAAAUGAGGAUUAUUAUUACUUGAAAACUGCCUGUUGAAUAUUAGGGUCAGUGAAGAAGUGAAAAAAGUGAGGAUGUGUUGUGUGUCUUGAAACAGGUCACUUCAUUUCUCUCACCCUCUCUCUCCCCAAUGCAGCAUUCAUUCUUUCCUAAUCGAAGAUUGUACUACCAACCAGUUCCAUCGUUUGAACCACUGGGACUGGUGUUAGAACAACAAUAUUCUAAUCUUCAAGUCAACAAACUUCUACCUCUUCGGACAGACGAUGGAUUAUCCAAAGAAAUACAGCUAAUGUAUUAUUAUAGGUGGCAAAAAACAUUUCGAAAUAUUUCUUCUUGACAAUGAUAAGUAGACCAGUUACAGUCAUUUAGAAUAUUAUAUUGUUUCGCGCUAAAGCUGUAAUUAACUGAAGCAGAAUAAACAUCCGGAGAUAAUGAGAUUACGGAAUCUGAACUAACAAUAUUGACUGUCACCAAUAAGAAUCAGUGAAGAAAGCUCAUUAUUCUAAAUCAGUUAUUACAAAGAACACCAGGAUGUCAGAACUAUUGAACAACUAGGUUCUCACAGACCUGCUGUUUUCUCUACUUUGUUACACUGAUAUUAUUAUCUCUUUAAUAUUGUUUCGUUAAACAGCAAUUCUGGAUCAACAACAGCCUGGAGCCGAAUGUGUACCAAGCAACAGCGAGGUACCGUCGGCUUGGUGUGCCGAGGAGUUGGAGCAAGAUAUAUUCCCACCCUGGGCCACGGUGGCGGCCUUGAGGGGUGCUGCCGCUGCGGCAGCACCCUCGCCGCUGUCGUCUAUGGCGACAACGCCCUCCACAUCUUCAUCCCUGAUUGCAACCGGUGUUGGGGCCGGGACCCAGUUGCCAGGGUUAUGUGGGGAGACCACGUCAGAAGAAUCUGCUGUCUACAUCAACAACAAUUUACCUACUAAUGCCUUUCCGGCCAUCGAAGACAUCCGUCGAAAAGGGAAACUCUGUGAUGUAACACUAAAGGUUGGAGACCAAAAAUUCACUGCCCACAGAAUUAUCCUUGCGGCUACCAUCCCUUACUUCCAUUCUAUGUUUACUCAUGAUAUGGUAGAGUCAAAACAAGAUGAAAUCCUUAUGCAUGGUAUCGAAUCCAGUGCAUUGGAAUCACUUGUGAAUUUUGCCUACAAUGGUCGUCUGGAAAUCAACAUAAACACGGUCCAAUCUCUGCUAGUGGCAUCUUGUUUUCUUCAGCUGCAAUGUGUUAAAGAAGCUUGUUGUAAUUUUCUGAAGACCAGACUUCAUCCGCAGAAUUGCCUUGGAAUUCGUAGUUUUGGUGAACAGUACAUGUGCCCCAGCUUAGUGGAGGCUGCGAACAAGUACAUUCAGAAACAUUUCAAAGAUGUUGCCAAUUCUGAGGAAUUCCUGAAUCUUGACAAAGCUGAAAUUUUAGAGAUAAUUUCUCGUGAUGAACUGCAUGUAAAAACAGAAGAAUUGGUAUUUGAAGCUGUGAUCGCCUGGGUAAAAAGAAACCCUGUAUUAAGAAAAGAAGCUCUACCUGAACUUAUGGUAAAAGUCCGCCUUCCUUUGCUGACGCCACAGUACCUUUCAGACUACGUUGCCCCAGAAGAAUUGAUAAAGAGUUCUAUACCAUGCAGAGACUUACUGGAUGAAGCUAAAGAUUAUCAUUUGAUGCCAGAAAGACGCCCACUACUUCAAACAUUCAAGACACGGCCCCGCUGCUGUACUGAUAUACCAGGAAUAAUAUAUGCUGUUGGAGGAUUAACUUCCUCAGGGGAUUCUCUCAGUACAGUGGAAUGUUUUGACCCUGUGAACAGAAGAUGGAAAAUAGCUGAAGCCAUGAGUACCAUGCGCAGUCGAGUUGGUGUGGCUGUCCUUAAUUCAAAGCUUUAUGCCAUUGGAGGAUAUGAUGGUCAAGAUAGGCUGAGUACAGUUGAAGUAUUUAAGCCUGAUACAAAACGAUGGAGGAAAGUUGCAUCUAUGAACUGUAAAAGAAGUGCCCUUGGUGCUGCAUCCCUUGGAAGGAAACUCUACAUCUGUGGCGGCUAUGAUGGUGUGUCUUCUCUACGAUCUGUAGAAGUCUAUGAUCCAAAGAUCAAUGUGUGGACAAUUAUUUCCAAUAUGUUAAAGCACCGCAGUGCAGCAGGAGUAGCUGUUUUAGACGAAGAGAUAUAUGCUUGCGGAGGACAUGAUGGUCUUUCGAUAUUUGACUCUGUUGAGUGCUACAACCCAGCGACAAACACCUGGUGGAUGGUUCAACCCAUGCAGUCCAAGCGAUGCCGUCUGGGAGUGGCUACCCUCAAUGGCAAGCUCUAUGCUGCCGGUGGCUACGAUGGAUCUGUAUUUCUGCGAACGGUAGAGCGUUACGAUCCUUGCACACAAACAUGGACGUACGUAAAACAUAUGAACUUGAAACGUAGCAGAGUGGCGCUUGUUGCAACAUGUGGCAAGCUCUAUGCUAUUGGUGGCUAUGAUGGUGUGGCUAACCUGAACUCAGUUGAGAUGUAUGACCCUGAAAUGGACACAUGGACUUUUGCUGCUUCGAUGUGUGCUCAUGAAGGUGGAGUUGGUGUCGGUGUCAUGCCAACUGAACCAGAGCUCUGAGAUUAGUCUUUAAAAUCCUAUCUUCAACCCUUUACCAUAUUUGCCAGCAUAUAAAACACACCCUUGCAUAAAACAUACCCCUGGUUUUGUUGGGGAAAAUAUGAUUCUCUGAAAGUAAAAAAACGAUAUUGAUAGCAUACAGCAAUAAAAUUUGAAACCCUAAGUGUGUCAUAGAUAAACUAUUUUAUGGGAAUAUCAUAUUUUAAUUUCAUCUUCUCAUAGUUCGACUUUAUAGUUAUUUAUAUUUUGGCUGUGAUGUUUUAUGUAACCACAAUCAGCCACUAUGGUGGUGCACCAUCUCUGGUUUUGUCAUCAUCCGUGCAUUGCCAGCAUCUGAGAGUGGGUGAAAGUUUGCUAAGUUUGUUAACAUUCCUUUCAUCUUUCUGGGAAAAUUUUAGACUAUUAAAAACUGUUUUUUAAAAGUAACAAAUUUCAUUAAAUAAAGUAAGAUGCAUAUCAGAUCUGGGUUAUGUAUGCUGAGGAAGGGGGUAUAAUGGGAUGAUGUGUCCUCUCCACAUAACUGCCAACCUAUUAUAAGUAAGUUUUCCUAAGUUUGUGCUAACAGUCUGUGAUAUUUUGGCUUGUUUUUUAUAUUUUAUUAUUAGUAACAAUUAUUUUACUAAGCAGAUUUAUGUUUAUCUGGAUCACUAGCCUACAACAUGCAGUCUCCCAUCCAUCAUAUGACCACAUUAGAUACAGGACAAUUUUUUGAUACAUUUAAAAAUAAAAAAAACAGUGCAUCUUAUACGCUGGCAAAUAUGGUAAGUCAAGAGUUUACAUUUUAGUUUUCGUGCAUUAAUUAUUACAUUCAUUUUAAUAUAGAAAUUAUUGUUUCAUUCCUAUUUUAUAUCUAAAUACCCUCACUAAUAUGAGUUAGUGUCUCUUGGAUCUUAACACAUAACUAUUACACGCACACACACACACACACACACACACUCACACACACACAAUAUGAAUCUCUUUCACAGACAUCCAUGCAAAAAUAUGUCUAUUAUCAGUUGAAGUAUGUUUCUAAGUAUUUUACUAGCUAAUAAAGUCAAAUGUUUCAAAAGUAGUUUUCACCCCCACCUAUAUAUAUGUAUAUAUGUAUGUAUGUGUAUAUAUAUAUAUAUAUAUAUAUAUAUUAAUAUUAUCUUACUAAAAUCUUUAUCUUACUAAAAUUGACUUGAAACCAUGGUACAGAAUAUAGAUUGGUAAAAGUUUUUAUUUUUCAUUUCCUUUCGAAAUUAUCCCUAACUUUUGUGGUAUGUAGUAUUUUUGCUGCUAUUUCUAGCGAGUAGAUGUCCUAUUAUAGGCGUCUCUGCAUUUCUAAUGAAUAUAUAUAUAUAUAUAUAUAUAUAUAUAUACACACACACACACAUACAUAUACAUACAUGCAUGCAUGCAUGCACGUUGGUUGCAACUCAAUUUCAAGCAGUGCCUUUGCUUGAUUGUUCUCUUAAACAUGAGUGCAACAGAUGGGUUUUUCAGUCUUGCUAGCAACCUACACAUUUUUGCACAGAUUUGGCAGUGAUGGUUGCCUCUUGCAGCCAGUGUUUAUAGAGUUACCACCCAUUUUAACACAUGUCUUCAUUCCAUGAAAGUUUUCAUUGAGUAUUUUUGCUUUUCUUGGCUAUGAACAAGCAUAGUAUACAACACAUAAUAGAGAUGUUAAAAAUCAAGCAAUGUCUAAACUCAAAGCUUUUUAAAAUGAAGAAAGGCUUUGCAUAGCUAUGCAUUUGCCCAAAAGGAAGAGCCAUACUUACAUACAUAGUGGCUGCUUUCUCAUACACAAGCAAAGCCAUUGCUAGAAAGAAUCAUUGAAAUUAGUCAUUGGUAAUGCAAUGUGAAGCCCUUAUACAUAUAUGCAUGCACACUUCUACAAACUUGUACAAUAAAUAUAGUCUCCCUCCAUAUACACUAACUUAAAUCUGAAAUCAUCAUCACAUUAAUGCAACAGACAUACAUAUAGUAGGCGCUAACAUACAUUAACUUCACAUAUUUAGUCACAAAUAUGGAUAUUUGGACUGGAACAUAUACACAAACACAUACACAUAUGUAUACACCCUCUUCCUUUCUCUCUUUUCUCAAUUAUAUAUAUAUUUUUUUUCCAUUAUUUUUCAUUAUAAGUUUUAUAUAUAUAAUUUUCUUUUUCAUAACGACUAAGCAACCCAGUAUUUUAUAUGUAGAUAAGGUGACAACCUGGCAGAAUUGUUAGCAGCAUUUUUCAUCUAUCUUUAUGUUCUGAAUUCAAAUUCCACAGUGGUCAACCCUUUCACCCUUUUAAAGUCGGUAAAAUAAGUACCUAUUGAGUAUGGGGGUCAAUGUAAUCAACUUAUCCACUCCCUCAAAUUGCUGGCCUUGUGCCUAAAAAGAUUUUAAACAAAUGAACACUUUCAGGUGUAUUUUAAAAAAUAUUAGAAAUACCAACUAAAAUUUUAAAUGUGAAAUCAUCAUAUCAAUGUUUUAUUGAAUAAAGAACACGGUAGUUCAUAAUUAUCCAUUAUUUAUAUUUAUAGGCUAAAACAAAUAAAUGUCUUUUAUCUCUUACUGGUCUCAGUCAUUAGACUAUGGCCAUACUGGGGCACCAUCUUGAAGAAGUUUAGUCAAACAAAUCGACCCUUGUACUUGUGUAUCAGCAUUCUCAGCCUGUUGUAAAGCAUGAGCAAUGCUUAACACAAAAGUCUGAUUAGUAAUAGAAAUUAUUCUCAGUUCAGAAUAUCACCAUCAUUAUGUCCAUUAUUUCUCUCUCUUCUGUUUACCUCCUUGUAUUUUGAGGGUACACUCUGACACCUCAUCACUUAUUUUGAUAUGUAACUGCUUAAGGAUUUGAUCUUUAAAUGUAAGGAGUCAGAAGAUUGGCGCUAAACAUUUUGUAAGAUUUUGCCUGCUUGCCACCUUAAUGUCUUAUUUGUUUCGAAAUUCUUGCCUCUCAUAAUAUAGAAACAUUUCUCAUGGCUCCUCUCAGCAGCUUUAUCCCAUUUACUCCUGCUGACUUUUAUGUAUUGUGGGGUUUCCAUGUAUCUCCUCUACAGCAAAAAAACCUCCCAAAGAACUUGUUGCUGACUCUUCUUUCAUAUUUCAACCUCUUGAUAUGCAGUACAAAGCUGCAUCUCUCUCAAUUAUGCUUUCACUCAGAUGAUGGAGAUCUUUAGUCUUGUGAGUUACAUGGCAACCUCACUGGAGCUAUUUCGGUAUAAAAAGCACCCGAUACAGUCUAAAGUGUCUCGCAUUAGGAAAUGUAUCUAGCUGUAGAAGCCAUGCCAAGGUAGAUAUUGGCACAUGAAGGAUGGAUGUCAAAUUAUGGUGAUGUGUGUAUAUAUGCCUAUAUAUUUGCAUAUGUGUAUGUUUAUAUAUAUAUAUAUAUAUAUAUAUAUAUAUAUAUAUGCAUGUAUACAUUCAUGGGUAUGUAUAUAUAUAUGUACACACACACACACACACACACACACACACACACACAUAUAUAUAUGAGAGGUUACUGAAAAGUUCCUGGUUUUGGGUAAAAGGAAACACAGGAAGAUCAGUUAAUUAUGAUUUUAUUCAACAUAUUUCCCUCUCAGAUUCACACACUGUAUUGGGCCUUCAAUUUUUCUAAGCCCUAUAAAAGAACUCAGAAGGUUGGGCCUCCAACCAGGCCUUUCGUGAUACCUUAAAACCAGGAACUUUUCAGCACCCCCUUGUUUACAUUCAUAUACAUACAUAUAUGCAGAUACAUUAUAUACAUACAUGUAUGUGUGUGUGUGUACAUAUAUAUAUAUAUAUAUAAGUCAGUAAAAAGUGGGGUUGUGUUAACCGCACGUGGAGAAAUAAUAGGAAAAUGAAAAAAAGCCAGAAUGCUGAACUGGAAGCAUAUUUUAAUAAAGAUUUCUUCUAACCGGUUUUCAUUGCGAAAAAGCAAAUUAUCAAGAAGGAGAAUGAAAAUGUUUUUUUA